AUGAUGUGGAGUACGCUUGCUGUUUUCCUGGCCGUUGCAAAUUUCGAUGUCGGGCAGGCCAUUUCUCUUCACAAGAGAGAUGUAGCGACUGUGGUAUCACUGGAUAUCACGCGAAACCAUGUGCCAGAUCCAGCAACCAGAGACCUCAGGCGGAGGAGUAUGACGGUGAUUGAAUCGCUUGAUAAUGAGGAAACGCUAUAUUUCUGUAAUGUCACCCUAGGAACGCCAGCCCAAAAAGUACGCCUGAGUCUAGAUACUGGAAGCAGUGAUCUAUGGUGCAAUACUGCCUCUUCUACUCUCUGUAGCGGCAAAGGCGACAACUGUGCUACAUCUGGAACAUAUGAUGCCAAUUCUUCGUCGACAUACGAAUAUUUAUCUUCCGAUUUCAACAUCUCAUAUGUCGAUGGCUCUGGUGCUGCGGGUGACUAUGUCACUGAUACCAUUUCGAUUGGCGGAGCGACUCUGAAGUCUUUCCAAUUCGGUAUUGGGUAUUCAUCAGAUUCAACUGAGGGUGUGCUUGGGCUCGGUUAUCCUAUCAAUGAGGCCGAGGUCAGCCGAGCUCGAACAUCUCCCUAUGCCAACCUCCCGAAGGCCAUGGUUGACGACAAGCUAAUCAACUCAAAUGCGUACAGCUUAUGGCUGAAUGAUUUAGACGCAAACACCGGGUCUAUCCUUUUCGGUGGAGUCGACUCUGAUAAAUAUAUUGGUGACCUCGAGACGCUGCCUAUUCUGCGUGUCGACGGAGAAUACGCCGAGUUUCUCAUCACUCUAACGGGGGUCGCAUUUGAUAAUGGCUCAACCGACAAAAAAUACAAUUCUUCCGAUCUCCCGGCCGCAGUCCUUUUGGAUUCUGGGAGUAGUUUGACAUACCUCCCAGACUCGAUAGUGGAGGAUAUAUACGAUGAUGUUGGUGUUACUUAUGAUACCGCCAGUGGAGUAGGCUAUGUUCCCUGCUCGUAUAUGAACGACGACAAGAAUUUCACCUUUACGUUUUCGAGCCCGUCCAUUUCUGUUGACAUGAGCGAGAUGGUUCUUGAAGCCGGAACAGGAUCAACGUAUCCUGAUGGAACCUCCGCAUGUGUCUUUGGCAUUGCCCCUGCCGGUACCAGCACCGUUGUCCUCGGUGACACGUUUCUUCGAAGCGCAUAUGUUGUGUACGAUAUUGCCAACAACGAAAUCUCCCUUGCCCAGACAAAUUUCAACUCGACAUCGCAAGAUAUCCAAGAGAUUGGCACUGGGUCUUCGAGCGUUCCCGGAGCGACUGCUGUUUCCAAUCCCGUCACUUCAGUCGUCGGAGCUGGAUCUGAUGCAACCGCCGUGAUAACUGGUGCGGUGGCAUCUGCCACUGGCAGUAGCGGUGCAGCAACCACGAGGAGCAGUUUGAUGGGUGGCUUGACGCAUCUACCUGCGGUAAUGACAGUGGCAGGUUUUGUAUUGACGCUCUGGAUGUGGACUUGA